AGUGUGGUUGAGUGUGAAUAUUGCGAAUUGUGAGCUCUGUGAGGGAGCAGUGCUAUUUGUGUUAGUAGACGUUGGUAGUGAUGUGGAACUUUGCAACGGUGAAAAUAUGACGAAAAUAAAUCCGUUUACGAAUGUCUCGUUUCUGCGUAUCACGACAAUUCUUUGUACAAUAUCAUUAUGCUUAGCCGCCCUGUCCGACAAACAAUUAUGUUACGACCCAAAUUGUUCGGAACCUGUUUCGCUGGCCAAGACUAUACUCUCUUACAGAGCAAACGAUCGCGAGGUAAUGUCAUUUGGUAUCAAUGUAGAUGUCAAAGUUUUUAGUAAAGGUUCUGGAAAACGGACAGACUUAUGGGGUGUUGAGAUAAAUGGCAAGCGUGGAUUCGCACCCAAAUCAUUUCUCAAUGAAUAUAAAGUUCUAAAACGUGAUUUGUUGUAUGAAGUGCCUGUUUAUAAGUUUAAUGGUGAAGUUAAAGUUCAGCCUGAGAAAUUUGAAUCAAUAGAGAAAGAGAGUAGCGAAUCGCAUACUUUGUUGAAAGAUGAGUUAUCUCAGGAUGAUAAUAAGACACCGUCAUUAAAAUAUAUAGAUGAAGGUAUCAUAAAAGAAUCUCAUACAAUCAAUGCAGAUAGUGUAUCACCUUCUUACGAAGUGAUAGAUGGUACCACAGUUUAUUUUGAGAGUAAUCCAUCUGUGCAACCCAGCUCUGUGUCUGAAGUUACUCAUACUACUGCAUUGCCGAAUGAACAAGCUUCAAUGACUCCUGAUUCUGAAAUAGAAGAAUUAUCAUCUGACAAGAAUACAUUUAUCAAUAACAAAGAAUUAGAACCAGGCUCGAAUGAUACCAGUAGUAAACUUGAAGGAAUUAAAUUAGAUACUCAAAAAGAGACAAACCUUGAUUUUGCGAUAGAAAAUUCAGAAGCAAUAAUUGAAUCAACCUUAGAUACAGUGAACAAAGAUGGCAUUUCAGUGCUUGAUGGCAGUAGUAAGUCUGAAAAGGAAUCGUUUAAAAAGAUAGAACAUACGGAAAAAUUAGAUGACAGUGUUAAGGAAAAUGUAGAAGAUAAUAAGAAAGAGAAAGUUACCGAACAUGUUGAAAGCGACAGUAUAUUUGCCUCCAUUACGAAAACAUUUAACAUAUUAUCUAACUUGGAAACUGUGACUACAGAUAGCACUAUUAUUCAAAGUAGUGAUGAUACAACUUCUGAAACUACUGAGAACAAUCUACAAUUACAGGAACAAGUUUCGGAAAAUAUUGAAGUUGAUGCUGUAACCGAAAAUAUUCUUCAAUCUCAAAUAAAAUUGGAAUCAAAUAUAGAUCAAAGUUUUACAGAUAAAGAAAAAGUAGAAGCGCCGCAAGAAGUUAUAUAUGAGAGUACUACUGAGAGUAUUACUGAAAGCAUAAAAGUUUCUAAUGAAAAGAUAGAUGAAGCUUCCACAAUUAUUGUGGAAAAUAUUACAUCUAAUGACGUGCCUUUACCUGAUAAUAUAGUACAUGAAAAUGUUGAUAAACCUGCCAAAGAAUUGCCAACAACAUCUUCAAUUUUAGCGAACAAUAGUUCUAUUUCAAAACUCGACGUUGAUAGCCAUGUUGAAAAUAUUGAAAAAUCGAAAACCAAUGACGCAAAAGAAGUUACAGAAAAUAUAAGGACUGACGAUGCAAUUAUUUCUGGUGAAAAAGAAUCAACGAUCUUGUCUAAUUUGCAAGAAACUCUAACCACAAAUAUCAUUACUCAAAGUAGCGACGAUAUUGAGCAGAAAUUACUAGAAAGUAAUGGAGCAUAUCUCGAAAAUAUAAAGAAAGAUGUCGAUAACGAAGAAAUCAUUGGCCAAGCUGAUAAAAAUGUAAUUGCUGAAAUUUCAGAAACUAUUAGUUUAUCAUCUGAAAUAGCAGAAGAUAUUACGACAAAAUCAUUUUCAGAAAGUUAUUCUGUUGAUGAAAAUAUAGCAAUUACAGAAGAGGCAUUAAAUCGUAGCACUGAAGAUAUUCAAUUUAAUAAAGAAUCAAUUGUACAUAAUAAUGUAAAUAAAAAUGAUAACUUAGUUAACGACAUUAGCUCUGAUAAUGUUCCUAUGGAAUCUAAUGAAAUCUCGAAAUCUAGCGAUCUUGGGCCGGAACAAUCUACAGAUUCUAGUCAAGAAAGUAUAAUCUCAGAGCAAACAAUGAUUCUUAAUAAAAUUCUCAAGAAACAAGAUUUACCAAGUAUUGAAAAUUUAGAACACAAAGAUAACGAAAGUCAGAUCGUCAACUCUAGAAAAAAAGAAAAAACCUUACCUGAAUAUGGUGAUCGCAUAAGCAGUGAAAUUAAGGUUUUGUAUAAAAAAAAGAAUGGAAAUAAUAGCUUGGAGAAACUAGAAUCUACAUCUUUUCCAAACGAAGCAGAAGUAACUUGCACAACAAUAUGUACAACUUGUACGAAAGAUCACGAAUGUAUAACCGAGACAGUAAAUGAGAACGAAAAGGUAGACCUUAAAAAAGGACAGGAUGAAGAAGACAGUUUAAUGGAUAAAACAAGAUUGGAUUAUAAUUAUUGGAAAACAUUAAUGUAUCUGUGUGUAACAGCUUUUGCAACACUCGCGUUCACUCUCGGAUAUUAUUACAUUGAGAAUAUAAGAAGAGAUGGACAGCUUAUUGCAAGAAUUAAUGACCUCGAGAAAGAAUUGUUAGUUUCUACAAAAGAAUGUGAAGUACUCGGUGAGAAUCUAAAAUCUAUCAAAGAUAAGUUGCAUUGCAUAGAAGAUGAAUCAUUUGGUUCUAAUGAAAUGGUUGUAUCGCUAAAAGCUGAUUUAGAAAUAUCACAGAAUGCAAAGAUGGAGUUGGAAGAACAAGUGACUUCGUUGGAGAAAGAGUUAGAAAACAUAACAGAAGCUGGUUUAGAAAUGGAACGUAUGCUAAGAGAAAUGUUGUCAUCGAACAAUGAAGUUAAUCCAUUAGCUCAAUCAGUGGAAAAUUUACAGACGCGAUUAGACACUCAACAAGCCGCAAACGAAUCCUUAACGAAUGCGUUGAAUCUUAAGGCUCAAGAAAUUGAAACUUUAUCAGCAGAACUUAUUUCUGCUAAGAAGAAAUGCGAGGAACUUGAAGUAAAAUAUUUGCAGAUACAAGAUGAAUUGGCGACUCAGAAAAAUCUUAAAAAUAAUAUAGAACAAACAUUAACAGAUGAAGUACAUAAUUUAGAAGAACAAAUAGAACAAUUGUCUACUGAAAAGUCGUCAUUACAUAAAGAAUUGAAAGACAAAGAGAUAGAAGUGAAAGAAUUAUUAGAAAUUAUCAGCCAAGUUAAGUCAACAAACAAUUUGGAUUUGGAAAAGUUAUACGAUGUAUCUCGCAUUAAAAUUGAGGCAGUGCAACUACGUGAGGAGAGAGACGAAUUAAAGAUGCGAUUAAACGAUGUUGAUGGAGCUCAUCAGUUAUUAGAAGAACAUAUGAAACUUGUUAAAGAAGAAAUAGUUGCGUUAAGCGAUCAGUGUAAAAUGGCUGUAAAAGAAAAGAAAGAUGCAGAGACACGACUUGAAGUUUUAUCAAAGUUUUUCCAAGAUAAAGAAACCGAACGCCAAAAGGAAGAGGCUAUUUGGUUACAAAAACAAGGAGAAGUUGUAUCAACGGUUGAAAGGUUACACACAAUGCAAAAUGAAAUUCAAAAUUACAAACAACAAAUAGAAAUGUUAAAACGAGAGAUUGUGGAUCAGGAGAGGGAAUACAAAAAUCAAAUAUCCGCUCUAGAAACAAAGGCACAUGAGCAAUGGGUCGCUGCCCGUCAAAAUGAGCGCCGUUUGGAAGAAUCGAAAGCUGAGGCCGGUCAAUUACGUAAUCGUCUUACACUCGUAGAAAAAAAUUUAAAUGAUACAGAUCCCGAAGCGAAGUUACAUCGCCUGGAAGCGAACGGAGAAACUGUGACUUCCCCGCCACUGUUCAUAGGAGCAGAAUCAUCCAGUUCUCCCGUAAUGUUUAGCAGUUCCUCGGGAGUUCCGCCGCCCCCGCCACCUUCCUAUCUACACUGUUUCCCACCGUAUCUGCCACCCUUACCGCCCGCCACUACUUCUGGUCUACCUCCGUAUGAUAUCAGUCAACGUCCUCCGCCACUCGGCGGCAGAUUGUCGUCACCUCCGCCGAUGUUACCGCCGCCGGCGAUACACCGUCCUCCGGCUUCCGGAGGCAGAUACGAGAACGCCGGUUCCCCGCCACCACCUAUGUCUCCGCCGCAUUUACUUCCACCGUUUGACCACCAUAGAUCACCACCACUGCCUCCAUUCGGUAGCGAUCAUAUUCUGCCCCUUCCUCCACCUGGCUCGAUAUUUCCUCCCCUGGGAACAGCGCAUCCAUGGGGUGAAGACUCACUGCCGCAUCCGCGCAAUUCUGGUUUUCAUCCUCAUCAACGAGAGCAACGUGCGCGCAAUCAUAAAGGUUCCUUACAUUCUUCGGGAGAAUCACUGGAUAAGACACAUUACGGGAAAGUUUAAGUUUUGUAUCUUGUUAUUCAAUACACUUGUACAAAGGCCAAAUCGUCACUGUAUCAGUGAGAGUUCUCAUUGUGUAACAAUUAUAAAUAAAUAUGUGAUGAUAAAAAUUUUACGUCAAAUAUUAAUAGAAGAAACGUAUUAUACACAGGAAUUUAUUAAACAGUGUCAUCUGUCAAUGUUA